GUCUCUAUUCUUCCCCAGAACCCAACCGAAGGUACCCCUCCCCUUCCAUGCCCGAUGCCCCGCAUCGCCGGACAAAGAGCUCCCCGGUGCCACGCCGCCGCCCCACGGCACUAGCGCGAGCACCUUAGCGGCAUCCAAGAAUCUGCAAGCCCACCCGUCGCCUGCCGCCAUGUUCGGCGUCGUCUUCCCGGACCACACCUUCCCCCUCGACGCCACCGCCUUCGCGCAGGUGGCGCCCAACUCCUGGCUCCUCGACCUCUCCACGCUCGCGCUCGCCGCCGUGCCGCGUUCCGCGGUCGUAUUCCUGCUCCCGGCCGCCGCGGCCGCGCUGCCGCCCGGCAAGGCCGUCGCCGUCUACUUCCAGGCCGCCGCCAAUCGCCCCUUCGCGUUCCUGGGGGCGCUCGGCGCAACGCGUCCCUCGGCUAGCUUCUCGCUCCCGGAGGCCGGCGACGAGCCGGAGCCUGCUGUAGGCCCCGCUAAGCUGGGCGUCGCAGUAGAGGAUGCGGCAGCGCUGCCGCCGCCCCCCGACGAGCAGCGCGCCGAGCGCGUCGCGCUCCGCGUCGGCGAGAACUUGUUCAACUUCAUGCAGUCGUUCUGCGGCGCCGACGGCGGCAAGCUGGUGGUGCCCACGGACAUCCUGGACCGGUGGUUCCGCAAGUUCCAGGAGCGGGCCAAGAAGGAUCCCACGUACCUCAAAAGCUUCGACUUUUGAGAGCAAAGGUACCAUGCGCAUGUGGGAAGAACGUAUUCAAUAGCAGAGUUUUAUUCCUUAUCUAGGCCCUCCUAUAUGUUUGUACACAAGGUUAGGCUGUGUUUUAGGGGCUACACUGAAUCAAGGUGCAUAUGCAGCUUCUCUCUUGUAGUCGAGAAGGGCAACGACACCAAAAGCAACUAAUAGGUUGGAUGGUGGUGCUAUAAGUGCUUCCACCUGAACGAGAAGUCUUGCCGGCAACUUGUACAAAAACACUUCUGAUGAUUCUGCUUGGAAUAUCAGUAAUUUGGAUAAUUUUUGGGAAACCCAAGGCCAAGGCGGAUGUGAUAAACCA